UCUCAGUGACAGUGGACAGAAAAGGACAAUUAAAGGACCAGAAAGAGGGACAAGCGAAAGAGAGGAGAAGCAGGGUAAAUGGGCCGUCUUUGACCAGGUUGGAGCGCCAUUCUAUGAUUUCUCGGCUUCGGCAGCAGAGAGGAGGAGGGCGUGAAGGCGGAUUGAGAUAGGGAAGCUGGCCUAUUUGAGCCGAUCCAAGGUCCUUCCUUCCGUUGCGUGAUCGGAGUUCAGUUGCGGUGGCGUUGCAGGGGAGGAGCUCGCUUUCGUCGUUGAGAAUGGAAUCAGUGAUCAGUUGCUAGUACUGUUAGCAGCUUCUGCUCGAGUGUCCUUCGAUUAGUUGGUGGAGGUGCUGUUGGUGCUAUAAAGGAGGGAGCUUUGAAGGCGAGGGUGCACUCCGAUCAUGGACUCCUACGAGGCGACCAGGACGGUGUUUGCAAGGUUGCAGAGCUUGGAUCCGGAGAACGCUCACAAGAUCAUGGGCUUCCUCCUGUUGCAGGAGAACGGGGAGAAGGAUAUCAUCCGGCUUGCGUUUGGGCCGGAGGCGCACCUUUAUGCCUUGGUCACCAAAGCCAGGAAGGAGCUUGGCCUUGCCGCCGCUUCCGCUGUCUCGCCUUCCUCCUUCCUGCUCCGCCAGAACUCCGCCUCCCGCCUGCUCUCCCCCUCUUGGCACGCGCCGGCCGCUGCCGCCGCCGCCUUCUCCCGCUCCAACAGCAGCUCCUUGGACGAGCUCCUGAGCCCGGAGGAGCUCGUUGGGGCUAAGAAUGUCAACGCGCCGCCCUUCUACGGGGGCGGCGAUCUUGCAGAUGAGUUCCACCUCCCCGACCAACUCUCCUUCCGCGAUGGCGUCGACUGCCGGGGCCCUACUCGGAGCGGCGACCCAGCAGCGUUUUCCUACGGGGCGGGAUGGGGGGUUAACGGCUACCACCACCGCCGAAGCGCCUCCGCCGCCGCCGAUCUUCGACUUGGAGACACCGUCGGUGGCCUCGGCUGGGAGCCGUGCCUCUACUUCGCGAGAGGCUACUGCAAGAACGGCGACUCCUGUCGGUUCCUCCACGGGCUCCCCGAGGAGGCUGCGGCGACGAUCGCCGCCAAGAUGGACACUGCGGCGGCGGUGGAGCAGCAGUGCCAGGAGCUGCUACUGAGGUCAAACAGCCAGAGGAUCGGCGGCUCUUCGCAGCUCAUGGCCUCCGCGAUCCCCUUUUCACCAGCAGGCUCCGACCGGCCGUCGCCGUUAUCGCCGUCCACUAAAUCCCUCAACUUCCUGCUCCAACAGCAGCAAAAUGAGAGCCAAAGGGCGGCCGCGGCGGCGCUGAUGCUGGGAGCCGACGAGGCCCACAAGUUCCUGAGCAGAUCAAGAAGCGAUCUGUUGGCGAAUCCAAGCUCGAGGCAAAUCUACUUGACCUUCCCUGCCGACAGCACCUUCAGCGAAGAGGACGUCUCCAAUUACUUCAGUAUCUAUGGACCGGUGCAGGAUGUUCGAAUUCCCUAUCAGCAGAAGAGGAUGUUUGGCUUUGUGACCUUCCUCUACCCGGAGACCGUGAAGCUGAUCUUGGCAAAAGGGAACCCGCACUUUGUGUGCGAUUCCCGGGUGCUUGUCAAGCCUUACAAGGAGAAAGGAAAGGUCCCCGACAAGUUCAGGAAGCAGCAGCUCUGUGAGAGGGGCGAUUUCUAUGGCUGUACGACUCCUACUUCCCUGGACGCUAGAGAAGCUUAUGACCUUCAUCAAGUUGGAACAAGGAUGCUGUACAACAGCAGCUGCCAAGAGCUGCUGCUGAGGAGAAAGCUAGAGGAGCAACAGCAAGCAGCUGAGCUCCAACGGGCGAUUGAGCUGCAAGGCAGGCGAUUCAUGGGCCUGCAACUCCUCGACCUCAAGAACAGAACCCUUUCCUCCGCGGCCAUUGCCUCCACCAACUCCCCCACCUUCACACCCAACCCUUCAGUGAAUCCUUUGGAUAUUAGCUGCAAUGGCGGCGGCGGCGGCAGCAGCAGUAGCAGCAGCCCGGACGAGUCGCCAACAGAUAAGAGCAAGAUAAAUAGUUCCCAUAUCUCAUUGAAGGAGGAUAAGGAUAAACCUGUUGCUGAUGUUAACAACAAUGAAGACAGUGAUGUCCAACCAAGCACAAAGCACAAUUUGCCUGAUAGCCCCUUUGCUUCGCCCACCAAAAAGUCGUCUUCCUUCGCGCUUGAUUUAUUCUCCACGAGCGAAGACGAUCUAAUAGCUUCCUGCACUGCCAACAAUGGCGGAAACAGCUUCAACAACACCCAUCUAGACAUGCCAUCCUUCGAUCCCUGCUUCAAAAUGCCAACGUUCUCCUCCGGCUUUGGAGCAAUUGGAAUGUGAAUUUGAAACACUAGUCCUAUCAAUGUAAGAUCUAGCUAGUAAAGCAGAAGGAUGUGGAUAAAAGAACACAAGAAAAGUGGUCCAAAGUUUCUUUCCCCCUUUUCUUCUCCAUUUCAGUUCAUAGAGAUUAAAGUUUACAAGGAAGGCCUUCCUCUGUCUUACCCUAAACCUAAACUGAUACCUUCCUUCCUUCCUUCCUUUAAUCUGCUACUCAAACAGUUGUAGCUAUGUAUCACUGUCCAUUUAGAUAAAGAUAGGUAGGUUCCAAAAUCUCAUACCAAGUCACAGAUAGAUGACAUUAGAAAGCUGGAACGUAGUUAACUUGGAGCAGAAAGAUCAUGUACAAGCAGACGAAAUCAAGCACAUGGAGUGCAUAUGAAAAGAGCUGGAGGUGAUCGUGCAGGCAUGUUCUUCUGCUGUGCUUUUUUACCCUUUGCAAGGGAUUUUACUUGUCUUUUUGUUAAGAUGAAAGUGGAAAACAGAACUUUGAUGAUCCAUAUAGAUAUUGAAAGGUUUCAGAGAAAGAAGGUUUGCUUUCUCCUUACUUUGA